GGACAUGAGUGGAGAAGGCCUGCUUUCGCUCCUCCUGCUCCUCCUGUUUGAAGGUGGAGCUCCCGGGCCUUGCUGCUUUAUAUACUUGGUCUUUUGGUCAUCUUCUCAGAGAGGGAAGCAGCUCGGGCAUGGGCUGUCUGUUCUGCAGCUGAACUCCGCACUCAGCGGUAACCACUUGCAGCGUUUCUAGGAGUGAUCUACAAUGGAGGGACAGCAGUUUCCAUCGUUCGCCCAGAAGUUCUCUGGGCAGACUUAUCUUGGAUCCAGGAUCGUGCCAAGGAGGUCAGCGGUCGCUCCGGCUCAGGGCUUGAGCUUCGGAGCUCCCAGCUACCGGCCUUCGUCCAUCUACAACCCUCUCUGCCCCAUCGACCUGAGCCAUGGCCCCAGCAUGGUGCCGUCCGUGGCAUCGAGCGUCUUCGUCCCCGCCCCGGCAGAGAAAGGAAUCCAAGGAUUCAUGAUCGAUUUCCUCAUGGGAGGAGUGUCGGCCGCCGUGUCCAAAACCGCCGCUGCUCCCAUCGAGCGAGUGAAGCUGCUCAUCCAGAACCAGGAUGAGAUGCUCAAGUCUGGCCGGCUCGCCGAGCCCUACAAGGGCAUCGGCGAGUGCUUCAGCCGCACCAUCAAGGACGAGGGAGUCGUCUCUCUAUGGCGAGGCAACCUCGCCAAUGUGCUCCGUUACUUCCCCACUCAGGCGCUGAACUUCGCCUUCAAGGAUUACUUCAAGAAGCUCUUCGGAUACAAGAAGGACAAGGACGGCUACUGGACGUGGUUCGCAGGAAAUCUGGCCUCGGGAGGAGCAGCCGGAGCUUCAUCGCUGCUGUUCGUCUACUCGCUGGAUUACGCUCGGACGCGUCUGGCCAACGACUCCAAGUCGGCCAAGAAGGGAGGCGGUGAGCGCCAGUUCAAUGGGCUCCUGGACGUGUACAGGAAGACAUUGGCCUCCGAUGGAAUCGCCGGGCUCUACCGAGGAUUCAACAUCUCGUGCGUCGGCAUCGUCGUCUACCGAGGUCUCUACUUCGGAAUCUACGACUCUCUCAAGCCUGUUCUCCUCACCGGCAAUCUCGAGGGCAACUUUUUGGCUAGUUUCAUGCUCGGAUGGGGAAUCACCAUCGGAGCAGGUCUGGCAUCGUACCCGAUCGAUACCGUGCGGCGUAGGAUGAUGAUGACGUCCGGAGAGGCCACCAAGUACACGAGCUCCAUGCAGGCCUUCAAGGUGAUCGUGGCCAAGGAGGGAACCAAGUCGCUCUUCAAGGGCGCUGGUGCCAACAUUCUGCGUGCUGUGGCUGGAGCUGGAGUGCUGUCAGGUUACGAUCAGCUGCAGAUCUUGUUUUUGGGCAAGGCCUACUCCGGCGGCGGUGGUUAAGUUCCUCGCAUUGGCCCUGGAGUUCUGAGAUGCGUGUGACGAAAGUCUGACAACAAUCAGAUGAUUUUGAUUCUUGAUUUCUUCCGUCCUUCAAUUUUGUCAAUCAUUUAUAUAUGCUACUCGGCUUACAGCCCUUGUUUAAAAAAUUGAUUUGAUUUCUCACGAGACGUGUGAGCAGUUUACUUAAGAGUUCGGAACCAAAUCACGCCGUUACGAAGUUUCCAAGAAAUGAUAUGUCUAGCGAACCAAUUUUGCAAUGAAAGAGUUGGAACAUUCGACCAGAAUUCGAAGUUAAACCUCGUGUACAUGUAACCGUGGCAAUUGGAUGGAAUGAACCUCCGACAUUUCACCGGAGCAUGACAAAUUUUGGACUGCC